UAUAUAAUUUCUAUUAUUAGAGAUAUAAUUUUAGAUUAUACACAUGCUUGCUCUCUUCUUAGGCAUUCCCCUCUCCCUACCUUUUCUGGUUCACUGCCUUCACCUGACUAGAUAUCCAACUUAUUUCCUUGAGUAGUUAGUGAUCACCCUCUUUAUUUUCAGCAAUGUAGGAAAUAAUAACGGUUUUUUUUUUUUUAAAGCUUAGCAAUUAUAAAAAAUCAGUAGAAAUCUAAGUCUCUGCCUGCAAAAGACAGAAUGGAAAUCUGAAAACAGAGAAUGGUGACCAGUGAUUGAGUAGUUUUAUAGUUUAGAAAGUCCUCAAUGUAUCUGAUCUCUUUUGAUUCUCAUACUAGUCCUGUGAGAUAGGUAAUAUAGGAAUUGGUAGAACCAUUUUACAGAUAUGGGAUCUAAAAUUCAGAGAAUGUCUAACAAAUUACCAUGAUGUAAAGACAGAGCAACACUUACACAGAUCCUGGAGGAAUUAAGAGGGGUUACGUGUGGGGAAGCUAAGUGGCUCAGUGAAUUGAGAGCCAGGCCUAGAAAUGGGAAUUCAAUCUGGCCUCAGACACUUCCUAGCUGUGUGACCCUGGGCCAGUCACUUAACCCCCAUGAUUCUAAGCCAGAAGAUAAGGGUUAAAAAAAAAAAGAGGGGUUACUUGAACAUGAGUUGAACUUUGAAGGCUGAAGACAAUGAGUAGGCAAAGGAAAGAGAGGGCAUUCUAUGCUAGAGAAUAGAAUGAAUAAGUGAAAGAAAUAGGGUGUAUAAAGGGGCAAGGUCUAAUAUGUGGAGGAACCAUGGUGAAGAAGAGUGAGAAAUAAGAUGAAAUAGAUAAGGUGGACUAGUAGUAAUAGCAGGCACUUCAUGUGAUAUGUAGGGAGAGAAAAACAUUGGAUUUGGAGCUUGUGUGACUUUGGGCAAGUCACUUCCUACUAUGAACCUGUUUCCUCAUUAAUAAAUUAAGUUGGGCAGAAUAAUCUCUAAGGUACUUUCCAUCUAUAAAUCCUGAGUUGUCUUUUUUUGUCUGACUGAGGAACAUGGACUUGAGCUGGUAGAUAGUAGGUGAACUGGGGUAAAUUCUUGAAUAAGAGACUACCUACUGAAAAGAAAUAUGGGGUGGUGGAAAGGUCACUAGAGUCAGGAGACCAGACUUCAAAGCUCAGUUCUAUUCUUUCCUUACUGUGUCUAAAUCUCUGUUUCCUCAUCUAUUAAAUGGUGAUGAUAAUACUUGUGUAGCCAAAUAAAUGUGACUUAUUAUUGGUGAUAAUAAUAUUGGCAUGACGAAAAUGACAUCUUAUGAAGAGUUUUGGGGGGAUGGGUAAAAACAUUAGAAACGGUUCAAUUAAGAGGUGAGUGAAGGAAGUAAUAAGGUCAUAGGAAUAGAGGCAGGGAGAAUGAAGAGAAAGGCACAUAUUCAAGAGAUAUUAGGGGGCAACUAGGUAGCAUAGUAGAUAAAGCACCAAGCCUGGAGUCAUGACCUGAGUUCAAAUGUGACCUCAGAUACUUCCUAGCUAUGUGACCAUGGGUAGUAGAUCACUUAACUUCAGUUGCCCAGCCCUGACAGAAUAUAAGGGUUUAAAAAAAAAAAAUAUAUAUAUAUAUAUAUUGAGGGAAGAUUGUCAUGAAUUUUCAAGUGACUCAACAUGGGAACCCAACAAGUGGGAGGAGUCAAAGUUGCCUUAGAUUCAAGUAAAUAAAUAUUUCUUUGCUUAUAAUGAACUGCAAGGGACUAAGGACAGGAAGACAAAAAUAUAAAACAAUCUUUGCCCUAAAGUUGCUUGCAUUCUCUGAGAAAUCCAACAUGGCACAUAGAUGAGUUAAUUCAAAAUAAUUAAGGAGGGAGGGAAAAGGAAUAACUUCAUUCUAGAUGAAAAGUCCUAUGGCCCAGAUGAAUGGUGAUAUCUAUCCUUGAUGGAAAGAAUUAGAAAAGGAAAGACCAAAAGUAGAUAAUAAAAGAGUUGAAAUCCAAGGCUGCAGAAAACAAACACCUAUUGGUUCCUUGUGACUUCACCCAGAGUUACAUCUCAGAGUUGUGAAUGAACCAGGGAUUAUGACUGCUGAUUUUUAAAAGACUGGAAAAUGGGAAUAGUGCUUCUGGAUUGGAAAGAUACUAUUGUUCCAAUUUUUAUGAAAGGAAAGAGAGUGAUGUUUAUAGACUUUAAACCAAUGAGUUUGACUUUAAUUCCUAUAAGAAUUCUAGAAAGGUAUCAGAAGGAUGAUUAAUUAGUAUCUAGAAAUGGAAUCUGUGAUCACAAAGAACCAUCAUCACAUAUCAAGAACAGGUCAUGCCAGAUUAACCUCAUAUCCUUUUUUUAUAGGGUAACCAGACUUGUGGAUCAGGAGAAUGUUGUAAGUAGUUUGCCUAGAUUUCAGCAAAGCAUUUGACAAAGUUUCUUUUGCUGUUCUUUUAGAAAGGAUGAAGCUAUAUGGGCUGCACCAUUAUGUAGUUUGGAAUUAUUUAAAUGUUCAGACCCAGAGAGUAGUUAUUAAUAUUUUGAUCAAGCCCCAGGAAUGUUUUUAGUCCUUUGCUUUUGUUUAUCAUUUUUAUCAGUGGUUUAGAUAAAAUCAUGGAUAAUAAGCUUAUCUUCUCAGAUUCUCAGAUGACUCAAAGCUAGAGAUAGCUAAAGCCUUGGAGGAGAAUCAGGAAUCAUAGAUAUCUCAAUAGGAUGGAAUGUUCAGUCAAAUCUAAUAAGUUGAAAUUUAAUGGGACCAAAUGUAAUCUUUGACAGCUAGGUUCAAGAAAUCAGGGUACAAGAAGGGGGCAGUAGCAAUUCAUUUUGAAAAUCAGGAGGUGAAAGCUCUGUGAGUCAGUAUUGUGAUAUAUAUGGUAGCCAAAAAAGGUGAAUUUAAUCAUUAGCUGUAUUGAGGGGGCAUAGUGACCAGGCUGAGGAAAGUAAUAGUCCCUGCCUACAUUGAUCUGGGCAAACUCCAUCCGAAGUACUAGUUCUCUUCUGGGGUACUGCAUUUUAGGAGAGAUAUUAAUAAAAUACAGGACAUACAGAAGAAGAUGACCAGGACACUACAGAGCCUCAUCUGCCACAUUAGCAGUUAUUGAAUUUAAAAUAUUUACUUUCAAGCAAAAAAGAUUCAGGCAAAAAUGGCCAGGGUGGUAGGAGAGAAGAAGGAACAGAUGAACAUGAUGCUAUCUUUAAGUAUUUAAAGGACUGUCAUAUAGAGGAAUAGUUCUGCUUGACCUCAGAAAGCAAAAUUAGAGGAGUAGGUAAAAGCUGCAGAAAUGUUAUCAAGGAAGGAAAAACUUUUGCAACAAAAAGGGAGUAAUAUGCUCCUCCAGCAAAAAAGGGAAGGUGCUGCUUUAAGACAGGUUGGAUUCUUGAGGAGGUCAGAUGACUUCUUAUUGAAUGUGCUCCAGGGCAGUGGUUUCAGAUUUUUUUUUUUAACUUACCUUUUGUCUUAGAAACAAUACUACAUAUUGCUUCCAAGGCAGAAGAGCAAUAAGGGCUAGGCAAUGGGGAUUAAGCGAUUUGCUCAAAGUCACACAGCUAGGAAGUGUCUGAGGUUAGAUUUGAACCCAGAACCUCCCAUCUCUGGGCCUGGUUCUCAAUCCACUGAAUCACUCAGCUGCCCCAGUGGUUUCAGAUUCAAAUAGAAAAAGGAGUCUCUUGGGUUGCAGAGAGACUUAGAUAAAUUAACAUUAUCUGUGUUAUGUUGUAUUUUUAAAUAAAAUAUUUUUUAAACCUUUCCAGUGACAUUUUAUUUUGGUUCUGGCCCUACUUGCGGGGCUGACAUCUGAUAGCUCUGCUCCAGAGCUUCAAUUUGGUCAGGAAUGUUUUGGAUGAGGCUGGUUCUGAGAUGCCUUUCAAUUCAGAUUUUGUGAUUUGGGAAAGUUGGGAAGGGAAGCUCAUUUGCAGGAAGGACAAUGAGCCCCAUUUUGCCAUAUUAAGUGAGGUGAUGAGAAAUUCAAGGGUAACACAAGGUUGAAAUUCAGGUGAGAAGCCAAAGUAGAAGACGCAUGCCACAAAGGUGAAAAUUUUAAGUUGUUACACUUAGAAUAGUCUUUGAGGUACUGAGUGGAGAAAAAGGAUCCAAGUCUUGGACAAUAUUCACCCAUCCUAGGUUUGCGUGAAAGGAUAUGCAAGAAUUCAUCUGAGAGAUAGGAGGAGAACCUGGAGGUCAGAAUGAGGGGGAAGCCAAGGGAAUUGCGCCCCAAAAUGGUGACAAUGUUAGAGCUGUAGAGAGUGAGAGGUGAGAGUUCUGAGGUUAAAUACUGAGAAAAUGCCAUUGAUUUUGUCAUUAGUGGGAAGUGAAAGGGAAUCCUGAGGCCAAAUAGGAAGUUUAAGAAAGAGUGGAAACACUAGGAGGUCUGACUUGAAGGAAAGAGAAGACUAAAGUUGGAAGAAAGCAGGGAGAAAGGAAGUUUUUGAGCAUUAGAGAGAUUAGAAUAUUUUGAAAGGAAGGAGACAGACGUUGAAAGUUUUGGGGAGAAGGAGGACAUUAACUUGAAGGGAUAGUAUGCUUUGUUGUAUGGGCUGAUUUUCUGGGUAGGGGGAGAAGCUAUGUUAAAACCAAAGAUAUCAAUAAAAAUAUUUUUAAAAGAGAAAUGAAGAUAUUGCCAUUGAGAGCACAGGUAAGGAGCUCUCUAAAAAAAUGGGGAAAAAAACCAGAUACAUCUGCCAUAUCAGCCUCUACCAUUUUAGGCUGAAGUGUGUGAGGAGACUAGAAAGAAGGGUCUGCAGUAGUUGUGGUCCAUCAGCCUGUGGACUAGAGUGGGAGAGUGAAUGAGAGAGAAGCAAAUGGGUUGUCAGAGUGAUCUAGUCAAUUGUCAGUGCUGGUAGCAGCUAAAAAAGAUAAAAUAGCCUCAAUGAAGAUUCCCAUUUCUCUAAAUGCUUUCAGACUUACAAUGUGCUUUCCUUAUAACCCCUCACUUUUCUAGGGAAGAUUGCCUUUUCACAAAUGGUAGCAUGUUGGCUCCUUAAAGGCAAAGACUGUUUCUUUGUACCUGCCCCUGCCUACCCCAGGAACUUGAUGAUAUUAAAUUGGAAAGACAGAGCGAUCAUAGUCCCCUGAAUAGUAUAAUCUCCAUUUUAUAGAUGUGGAGGAACUUGCUGCUGAUACACCAUACUGUGUCUCAGCUUUGUUAUGCAUUAUGAGUACCUACCUCCCAUAGAACUAUUGUGAGGCUCCAGUGAGAUGAUGAUAUUACCAUAAAGCCCUAUAUCAAAAUUAUCAUUGUAGUAGUUCACAUUAUGACUUGCAGGAUUCUUUCCCUGUAACUGUGAGGUGUGUUUACAGGUAUCCCCAUUUCACAGAGGAAGAAACUGAGGACCAGAGAAAAGAAAUUGACUUGUCCAAGCUGCCCCUACUGGAGAAGGGCAGGGUACUGGUGACCCACUCUUGUGCCUCUCUUGGGAGAGAAUGCCUCUCCCUCCCUGGUGGAUCCACUUUCUUGUUAGAGCACCUGCAAAGGAGGGUAGAGCCAAAGAAAUGUAGCCUUCCCUUGGCAGGGUCUCCAGGGAGAGAACAAGAGACCAGGACAACAUCUCUGCCUUCGGAAUGUCUACAUCUGGGAUCACCAUGCUUUCUGAAGGGGUGCAUCAACCUGCCAACCCUCAUCUGCCUGGGCAGGCAGGCAAAGAUGGGAAGAGGUGGCACUGUUACUGUUCCUAAUUUCAUUAGCAAGGCCUGGAAGUGGCCAGCCCAAGUACCUCUAGAAAUCUAUUUAGAUAUCAUCUUUCAUUCAGUUCAUUCACUGAUUCACAUUCAGCAAACAGUGAAGCAUGUACUGAAUGUAGAGCAUGUUUCUUAGGGAGACACAUUUUAGAAAAGCUCUCCUUGCUAUGGCUCUUUAUCAUCUUCAGGAUAUUAUAAGUAAUGACUGACAUUAUAUUUAAAGCUUGCAAAUAGGCAUUUCCCAUUUUGGCCUCACAACAACCCUUUAGGGUAGGUAUAAGAGUUAAUAUGGUCUCCAUUUUAGAGAUGAAGAAAUGAAGACUCAGAGCUAGUCAGUGACAGAGGUGGGAUUUGAGGCCAAGCAUAUAAUCCCUAAGGAUCCUUUCCAACUUUUGGUUUUAAGUUCUUGGAGCCUAGCUUUGAAUCUCAGCUUCAUUAUUUCUUUCCCACCCCCUCCCACUCCACUCCCCAACUACCUUCAUAAUUAUCCUAUUUCUGUGGAAGAAACUACUGUCCUCUCAGUCACCCAGGGUCACAACCCUUUAGUUAAGGUCCUUAACUAAUCACUCUCUCCCUUCCUAUAUCCAAUCUCUUGUCAAUACCUGUCCAAUUUUUCCUUGAUUGUUUCUCAUAUAUACGUCCUUCUGUCAUCUGACACUGCCGGCACCCUGGUUCAACACCUCAUGUCUGGACUUCUGCAGUAGCCUAUUAGUGGAUGUCCCUGUCCUAUCUGGCCCCACUCCAAAUCCUCUAUUUUGCUGCUAAAGCAAUCUCCCUCAAAUGCAAGCCUGACCAUGUCACUUCUCCCAUCCUCAUUCAGUCAACUCCAGUGGCUUCCUGUUGACCUUCAGCAUUGAAUAUAAACUCCUCUGUGCUUGCUUUUAAAGCCCUUCCUAAACCAGCCCUUCAUAGGUUGCCGGUUUUCUACCUCCUACCCCCAUGGACACUAGCUUCCUUGUUAUUCCUUACCCAAGAUACUCCUGUCUCCCAAAUCAGUGCAUUUUCAUUGGCUUUCCAAACCCUUACCUGGAAUAUUCUCUCAUUUUGCCUUCUGGCUGCCUUCAAAAUCUCACCUUCCAUAGGUGACCUCCCUCUGUGAGAUUAUCUCCAAUCUAUAGCUAGUUUAUUCAGUUGUUUGCAUGUUGUCUCACCCAUUAGAAUGAGAUAAUGCAUUUAAAACAGUUUAUGCCUUGAAGUUCUCUGUAGAAAAAAAUAGCUAUAGUUGCUACUAUAAGCCCUAAUGAGACUCAAAAUCUUUGGCCCCAAGUGGACCUCUUGGCCUGGUGACCAUUCUUAAAUGAUGAUGGUAAAUCACCUGCCAAGGUACCACUUAGAACCGUGUGGAGACAGUAGAUGGUGAUAAGUGGCCUCUGUGUCCAGAGAUCGAUGCCAGCUUGGCGCCUGACAUACCAUUGUACAUGUUUUCUUUUCUGUUAAUAAUAGUAAUUAAGAGCCCUGUGUCCAACACGUUCCCCCAGGGGGGCUUGUAGCUCAGGCCAGAAUCUACACACACACACUCUUAAUUCUCCACCCUCAUGUCCCUGAGUUAGACUUGACCUUCCCAGUUAGUGCCCUCUUACCCUUCUCUCCCAUCACCUCAGAGGAAGGGCGACCUAACUAAUUCUAGGACUUCAGUCAUUAACUAUUAACCUUACUCCUGGGUGACUCCUUUGUAUCUAAUCUAUACAUUCUUUACUUACUGUGGAGUCUCAUUCAUCUCUUCAUCUCCUGUAGCCCACAACACCAGGCAUGGCAGAUAGGCCCUCAGGAAAUGUCUGUGCAUUCAACAAACACAGAAGCUGGAUGACCACUCUGGGGUAUUGCAAAGAUGCCCUCUGAGCUUCUUUCUGGCUUGAAAUUCAGUAAUUCUUUGGCUCACUUGGGCAGCUUUUGAUGCAAAGCCAUGAGUUAUGCCCUAGAGGGAUGUCAUGGUUUAUUUUUUCAGAAAAAAUGUCAUGUUCCUUGUUCUUAUGGAGUGAGUAAGUAAAGGAGUGUUCCAGCCUGACUUUGCCCUAACCAGUAGUUGAGAGGUGAGUGUGCAGAAGGCCUUACUGGAAUGGGACUAUUAGUUCGAGGUUUUCAGGGAGAAGAAGAGAAAAGUAAGUUCCUCCACUAGCUUGAGGUAUUACCGAGGACACAACAGUUCUCUCUCCACACCCUGUGAGCAGCACCUACCCUCCAGCACCACCACCACUGCCAGAGGCUGGGAAAUACAACCAGGGCCUUUUGUAAAUUGGGAAUGGAGAGGAAGGGGAGGUGAUCAGUGCAGAGAAUUACAGUGAUAUCAGAUCAGGAAUUUCAAGCUAGAAGGAACCUUAAAGGUCAUCUAGUUUGAAUCCCACCUCUUACAAGUGAGGAAACAAGGCCUGAGAGUUUUAAGUGAUUUACCAAAGGACACACGGGUAAUAAAUAAGGCAAAACCAGGAUUUGAAACCAACCACUCUGAGUCUCAAUUCAGCCCAAUCUCUUCUCUCCCUAGAACAGGGCCCUCAUCAGAGAUCUCUCCAGAGACAUGCUGGGGAUACAUAAAGCACUGAGAUCCAGAUAUAUAGUCAUAUAUAAAUAGACAUCUCCAGGCAUUAUUAUUGGUACAUGUUUGCACAGAUACAGGUUGAAGCAGUGAUAUACAUAAUGCUGCACAUAUACUCAGCUAUGGGCACAGCACAGGUGCUAGUAUAUGUUCUGGAGUCACCCUUGGCCUGACUCCUCCCUUACCCCCUCCAAAUGAUAAGAUUGUGAGAUAGAGGCCUAAUGAAGCCCCUGCUAUCUCAGCUGCCCCAACAGGCACCUCAUUACCUCCCACAGUGUCUGGCUCUGCUUACUCAGCCCCCUGCCCCACAGCAACCUCUUCUCUGCCGGGUCUGGCUAGAGAGGGAACAGGUACAAAGUAAGAGUCCAGGGCUUCAGAUCCUUAGGCCAUAUGUGACAGGGGGAAAUAACCUCACCAAGUUUUCCCAGGAUUUUGGCUCCAUGCAAAUAUCCUCAUGUCCCUAGAGCCCCAUUCCAUCUAAUCCAGGCCCUGCCAAGGCCAGACCUGUGCUUCUAUUCAUUGCUUCUGAUCUUCCUUGGGUCCUAGAGGUGGACAUCUAAAUUAGAACAGCCUGGUGGUGGAUUUCUUCCACUACCAACCAAUCUCUGCAAAGUUGGCACAGCCUGGACUUGGCUAAGGAACAAAAACAUUCACCUACUGUGGCCCCAUCCUGGUCCCAGGCCGGGCCUAGGAAGAAGACUUAGGUCUAGAAUAAGGACUUGACUGGGGUUUGGAGGUCUGAGCCUAUUGUAUUCUUACCCUAGGGCCAGGGUUGUGUUAUAAACAACCAGGUUCAGAGGGGUGCAGGGAGAGAGGGAGAAGAGGCAAGGUCUUGGGUGUCUGGGUGUGUCAGUGUCUACAUAUAUGCCAGUAUGUAUGUAUUUAUGUACAAGCCCUUGGCAUGAAGUGGGGUCAUCUGGGCCAUGAAAGGGGACAGGAUAGGAGCUCAGGCUGGUGCUGACACUGGGUAAGGGCCAAGGAGGGAACCACUGGCUCUCACCAAUCCGCUCAGUGGGGUUUGGGCGAGUCCUGACAGCAGAGGGUGGGGCUGAUCUGACAGGUUCCCUCAAAGUGGCCGGGGGCAACAGGGGCGGAGCCUGGCACAGACUUAGGGUGGCGGGCUGGGACCGGCCCCCCAGUGUGGGUGCGGCCACAGCACUUGCCUCUUCACAUCUCUCCCUGUGGUAGUCCAGUAAGAGCAAGAAAGCAUUGGUCAUGGGGUGACCAAGGCCCAAGGCUUGGUCCUUGGGGCUAAGGGUGCAAUUUGGAUAGGUAGGGGUAUUGGGAGUAGGUCUCAAGACCAUGUUUGGGGGCCCGGGAGCCCUUCGGGGCCGAGUAGAGGAACUCAAGCGGCCCUGGUGGCGGGAAACCCUGCCCCUGGUCCUAAGACACAGUGAAGCUGCCCGGCUGGCUGCAGAUGCCCUCUUGGAACAUGGGGAGGCUGCCUAUCUUCGAGUCAUCGCUGAGGAGCGGGAACUGCCCUUCCUUUCUGCCCUGGACCUUGACUAUAUGACCCAUCAUGCCCGUGGAGGCCCUGAAAUUGGCAACAGUGGUGAGAGAGAGGAUAGAGAUGGCAAGCCAGGCCUCCAGACCUCAGGCCCUGCUGACCGGCUCAGCCUCAUCUCUCAGGCCACCUCUGGCACCUACUUCCCAGCAGCAACAGAUGCUGAGCCACCUGCCUUGGACCUGGGCUGGCCCGAGAUACCCCAGGCCACAGGCUUUAGCCCCACACAAGCUGUUGUCCACUUCCAGAGGGACAAAGCCAAGAACAUCAAAGACUUACUGCGCUUUCUCUUCAGCCAAGCCCGCACGGUUGUGGCUGUGGUAAUGGAUGUGUUCACAGACAUGGAGCUGCUCUGUGAUUUGAUGGAGGCUUCAGGCCGCCGUGCUGUGCCUGUCUACCUAUUGCUAGCUCAGGACAACUUGCACCACUUCCUGGAGAUGUGCUACAAGAUGGAUCUUACUGGGAGCCACCUGCCGAAUAUGCGUGUGCGGAGCAUUUGUGGGGAUACCUACUGCAGCAAGGCAGGACGACGCUUCACAGGGCAGGCACUGGAAAAAUUUAUCAUCAUCGACUGUGAGCAGGUGGUGGCUGGGAGCUACAGCUUCACAUGGCUCUGCAGCCAAGUUCACACAAGCCUUGUGCUGCAGCUUCGAGGCCGAAUUGUUGAGGAUUUUGACCGAGAGUUCCGCUGCAUGUUUGCUGAGUCUCAGGCCGUGGAGGGCUUCUCUGGUGGGGAGGAGGAUAUUUUAGUUCCUCGAGCACCCCGCCUACCCCCACCUGCCCUGGUUUUUGAGUCGGGCCUCCCCAGUUCACCUUCUACCUCACCAAUUGGUCCUAGCCUUGGCAGUGUCAAGUGUUCCCCACUUACAAGCUCUUCCUACUGUGGAUUGCCUGGAGGUGGGGGCAUGGGCUUCAGUGGCUUUGUGGCCUCUGGUUCCCCUGGUCCUGGCCGGCGCCAAGCUAGCGGCCCCUUUCCCCUGCACCGGCGAUUAUCAGACUCCAGCCAUAGUCCAACUGCAGCCUAUCGACCCAGCCUAGGCACAUUGGGGACAGCUCCCUGGGCUCAGUCAUCCCCAGCUCUCAAUCAGGAAGGACUUGGGCUGGGACUUGGGCAGGGGCUAGGACCAGUAACAGGACCAGGGAUAGGGAACCCUCUGUUUUCCCGCCAGUUGCAUCUUGUAUCCCUUCCUCGACUUCCAGAGAAUGGGCUCAUCCAUAGCCAGGAGCCCAGUCUACCCAGGGGCCUAUGUGGAAUACCUAUUCUAGUCCCAGAAGCAAGUCAGAAGCCAUCACAGGAAAAGAAGUUAUCCCCUCCCAGUCACAACUAUGGACGACUAGACCUCCUCCCCAGGGGUUCUCAGACACCCGGUUCUGGGAGCCCAGGCUCUGGAGAUCAUGCCAAGAUCAUUGACCAGCCUGUGGAACAGAGGCGGCCAACUCUGGGCCAGCUGGACCUUGUGGCUAAAUAUGGUCCAUUCCGGAUUGAGGGGACAGGGCCAGUCAGAAUCUCUACCCCAGACUCCAUGGGCAGGGCCAAGGUAGCUUCUGAGGAUGAGAAGCGGAUGACCUUAGGCCACAGCAAGUUGGACCUCAUCACCAAAUACCACAAGCUACAGGGGAUAAGGAGGAGUCCAGACUCAGGUGUUGCUGGCAUCCCCAGUGGCACUAGCCCACGGGAAUCUGUUGUUUCUAGUGUACCUAUUGUCCCUAACCCACAGGAACCUGGUGUCUCCAAUGUUCCUGGCCCACGAGCAUCCUGCAUCCCUGAAGGCACCCGGAAUCAUACUCCUGGGGAGGAGAAACGUCUGACUCUGGGUCAUAGCAAGCUAGAUCUCAUCACUAAAUAUAACAAGUCUAAAUUUAGACUGAUUCGAAGCCGCUUUGAGACCUAAGCCUCCCUUGCCUGCCCCUCAGUCCCAAGCUCUGCAGAGAACCCAUGAGGCUAGCCCCAGCCUCUCACUUGGCCUGAACUGUCACAGGCCCAAGAACCAGAGGCAAGUGUCAUCAGAGGCCAACACUAUUAAUCCUUCAACCCUACUGACCCCCCCCCCCCUUCAUCUAAAAUUUCACUCUACUGAUCCCAACUCCAUUUUUGACCUACCGACCCCUACCAGCUAAACCCCACUAUGGACUGCACUUAUCCAAUAAUAGCCCAUCCCACUGAAUCCCACCCACUGGCUUGUGACCCUGCUGAUGCUUUUUGACCUCAAUAUACACAGGCCAACCAGUGUUUUCAAUCCCUUUGUGCUUAUUAACUAUUUUCCAGGUGUUGAGGUGGAGGGUGGGGAGGUGGAGAGGAUUAUUCCUAAGGUAGUGAACUCCCUGUCAUUAGUGAAACCCUAUCUGAACAAGGAUUCAUUACCCACUGAGGUCCCUAAACCAGGAGCAGAUGAGGACAGCUAUUUUGCAAGAUGGAAUCCCAAAAGUAAAUGGUCAGAUUAGUCAUGCCUAGUUCCUGGGGCUGCUUCUAAAAAGAAGGGAUCAAAGAUGGAAGAGGAGGUUUAGAAAAGAACCCUGAAAUAGGGGGAGGCACCCCAAGCCAAGGGGAUGUCCUGAACAGGGAUCCAGCAAAGGACCUUGUUGGACCUGACAAGCACACAUAUACUUGUAAGCCCCCUCCCACACAGGGUCACAUAGGAUAUAACCCCUUUCCCUGAGCCACAUAUACGGAUGUCAGUGGGAAAUGAACUCAAAUAAACUUAAGUUCCUGGCCAA